AUGGCUGUCAACAUCCCCGAAGUAAUGGAAGAGAACGAAACGCCGACGUUCAUCCACCAAGACCCCACCUGGCAACCCAAUAAGAAAGCGCGCAUCCAAGACGGAGUGAUAAGCAGCAGCGAGACGGACGACACGCUACUCAUGCGGCACCGGCACGCGCUGGGCAUGCUGGCCGUCAUGCAGACCAUGCACCAGCGACGGGAACUCUGCGACGUGACGUUGAUGGUCCAGGACCAUCCCAUCCCUGCCCACCGUUUGGUCCUAGCGGCCUGCAGCCCCUACUUCAACGCCAUGUUCACCAGCGAGCUCAAAGAAUGCAACGAGAAGACGGUCACGCUGCGAGACAUGGACCACGUGGCGAUCCAAGAAAUCGUCAAUUUCGCCUACUCAGCCAAGGUCAACGUCACGGAGGAGAACGUUCAGUCCGUGCUGAAAGCUGCCUGCGUCUUACAAAUUGAACAAGUGAUUAGCCUCUGCUGCGAGUUUCUCAAGACCCAGAUGCACCCGUCCAACUGUCUUGGCAUCAAGAGUUUCGCCGAGCGACACGGGUGCUUUGAGCUUCAGCAGGCGGCAGACACCUUCGCACAGCAGAACUUCUGCCAAGUCGUGCAGCAGGACGAAUUCCUGCAUCUCUCUGUCGAAGACCUGGUCGAUUUGAUAAGGCGGGACGCCCUCAAUGUCCCCAAGGAGGAAGACGUCUACGAGAGCGUAAUGCGAUACCUCAACCAGAAUCGCGAGGAGCGCUGCAAGCGCGUCGGGGAGAUCUUCGAGCACGUCCGUCUACCCCUUCUGUCCUGGGAGUUCCUCCACAGCCGCGUCAAGGAGGACAACGUCGUAACGAAAGACGAGAAAUGCAAGGGUUUUUUCGACGAGGCGAGGCGGUACCAUGCCAGUCAGUUCUACCCGGGACUGCACUGGGAAGUCAGUAUUCGAACAUUACCGAGGCAUUCGUUCAGUCGCUCCAUUUACAUUUAUGUGGUUGGGGGUGAAAUGAACCCAGGUCGGGCCACUACAGGCGCAGCGGAGCGCUACACCCCAGCCCUGAACUGUUGGACCUCCAUCGCCCCCAUGAACUCCCCCCGGCGCGGUGUGGGUACCGUCAUGCUGGACAAGAUCCUGUAUGCAGUCGGCGGCGCGGACAACACCGCCCUGGACGCAGUCGAAUGCUUUGAUCCCCCCGUAGGGGCGUGGCGUUACCUGGCCCCCCUCCAGGAGCCGCGCAGCAGCGUGGCUGUCGCGGCCUCCGGGGGGAACGUGUACGCGUUCGGCGGCUACAACGGGAUGACCAGUUCCAGAACGGUGGAACGGUACGAUCCCAACACCAACGAGUGGAAAUACACGCCAGAUAUGACAUCACCACGUAGCAUGGCGGCGGCUGUUGCCCAUGGUACCAACAUCUAUGUCAUUGGUGGAUACGAUGGGUCGUCUGAUCUGAGCAGUGUAGAAUGCUUCUCGCCAAUGGUCAAGAAAUGGCGGGCGGUCUCUCCAAUGCACACGGCCCGAUCCAUGGUGGCUGCUACGUCAUUCAAGGAGAGAAUCUAUGUUGCUGGUGGAUGCCACUGCAGUGUCAGCUUGGCAAGCGUGGAGGUCUACAACAGGGCCACAGACGCCUGGAUCCUAGUCCAGCCGAUGAACCACCCCAGAAGCGGAGUGGGCCUGGCCGCCAUCAACCAGCGGCUUUACGCCCUCGGAGGUUACGACGGCAGCGAGUACCUCAGCUCCGUAGAAGUCUACGAGAAGGAGAAAGACGAGUGGACAGUUGUAAGCAACAUGGAGGCCCCCCGCCGCCGUUUUGGAUGCUGCUCUUAACAUCAGGUAGUAUUAAGGUUCUAGAUUACAGGUUCUAGGUUCUAGAACCGUAUACACAAUUGUUGGAAAUUCUGUGAAAUCCAACAUCAAGUAAUAUUUAGGUUCUAGAAUGAGACAGACAGUCAGCAUUAUGGCAGCCUCCACCACUUGUUUGGCUGCUGUUCUCAACUUCUAAGAUUAAGGUUCUAGAACCGUGUGGACACUUCUAGAACCAAAUAGACAGUGAUGAGCAGAAUGACAGCAAUACAUGCAAUAUGGUUUGGGUGCUGUUUUUAACCCCAUCGAAUAGAAUUGAGGAUCUAGAACCAAAAUAUACAAUUGUGAGCAAUAUGGAGUCUCCUCCCUAGUCACUGGUUUCAUUUCUAUUCUUACAGUAGGAGUUAGGUUCCAGAAACUUAGGAUGGCCCUGAGAAAGUUAGAAGGUCCCUGGUUCAUUUUAAGUGUUGUAGUGGUUAGUUUCCAGAACCAAACAGACAGUGAUGAGUAAUGUGGGAGCCUCUGGCAUUGGUUUUUGGGCUGUUCUUAAAAGCAGGUAGGAUUUAGGUUCUGGAACUGAACAGACAAAUGUGAGCAAUAUGGAGCCCCUCCCACCACCUGUUUUGGUUCUAUUCUUAAUGUCAGCAUUGCCAGAUGGGAUUUAGGUUCUAGAACCUAAUAAUGGUUGCGCUGAAUUUAGAAGCGCCUGACACCAGUUUGGGUUCUGCUCUUAACUUCAGAUAGGAUUUAGGUUCUAGAACAUAAUGGAAAGUUGUCAGCAAUAUAGAGGCUCCCCCCGAGCUGGUGGAACUCUGAAUUUCUGGAAAGAUAUGGGUUCUAGAACCAGUUGACCAAAAAAAUAUUUUCAAAAUCUAGGGUCCAAUUUUUCAAGUUGCUUAGCAUACAACAUUGCCAUUGAGGUAGCUAAGAACAUGUCAGUUGUAAAAAAAAAAAAUAUGGAUGAGAGGGGCGCAUUCCAAAACCACAGCAUGUCUCCAUUCCACCCUCUUGUAGCAGAGCAUUUGGUUAUUAAAAAAUUUGAGAGGAGAUUUUUCUGCUUUUACACAUUUUAAAAGUUGUCAUGUAAUUUGUACUACAUGUGUAUUUUAGGUCUGUCCAGUUUGAAGCAGUUGAGACUGCUCAUUUCUGUUUUAAAGUUGGAACAAAAGAAAUGUUGGCUGCACAUAAUUUUUUUUUUUUUUUUAAAUUUCUGUCGGUAGUGAGAUGGUAAUUUUUUGUCAUUCACGGCUCACUGCCAGUGCGAUACAUGAGGUUAAAAUGAGGAUUUAUGGAAAACUGAAAACGGAAAAGUUUUCUUCAGUUUCCAUCCUACCAAAGAGAAGGGUUGACUAUAUACGGUCCUUCAUUAAUAAGCAAAAAAUAAUGAAAAAAAAAAAUACUUCACCGAAGAAAAGAAGGCACACGUAAAAUUUGGCCUGAAUCCAAUAUUGACUGAAAACAGUCAGUGUGCCUUGUUUUUGGCCUGUGAAAUUUAAAAAAAAAAUGUUUAAAGAAUUGUGAAGAAAACUUAUUAAGUGCUGCAACAUUUGAGAUCAUGUGCCGAUUUUUCAAAUUGUACACUGCUGCAUUGAUAGACCAAAUAUAAUGUUUCUUUUUGAUU